GGUAAAUAUGUCAAACUCAACGAUGGAGGCUACUCAAAUGAAAGUAAAGCUGGCUGUCGAUGAGAUGAUUGACGAUUUGGAUAAGACCUAUUUGAGGGAUAUGCAGAAGAGCAUGUUUCAGUGCUCAGCUCGGUGCUGUGACAACAAGAAAACCACACGCGAUGCUGUCGAGAACUGCGUUGAAAGCUGCAACGAUGGCAUGAAAAAGGCGCAAGGCUAUCUUGAAAAAGAGCUCGGAGGGCUUCAAGACCAGCUCUCACGCUGUGCAAUGACUUGCUAUGAUAAGCUUGUUCAACAGUUUGGUCCAGAUGUCAAUAAGUAUUCAGAAUCACAGAAGCUCAGUUUCAACGAGAAGCUCGAUUCGUGUGUCUCUGUUUGUGCUGAUGAUCACAUCAAAUUAAUUCCGGCAAUCAAGAAGAGAUUCGCGAAAAAUACCUGAGAGCCAGCCACACAUUUUCCACCGAGUAUUGCCAUAUCCCCUCUUAAUUUCCCAUUUAUCAAAAAAAUAUCCCAUUUAGGCGUAUUCUCCACUCAUUAGGCUCCCUCAUUGUUGCUCACUAUUAUAUCAUUAUUUUUCUUUCAUACUUUUUUAAUAAGUUUUCAUGCAUUCAGUCAUAAAAUCUCUAUCCC